UCCUCUCCUGAAACCUGCUUCAUGUCCGUCCAAGACAAGGAUGUCGGAUUUGAACUCAACGAAACGGAAUUCCCGGAAUUGAGUGGCAAACUGACGGGCAGGAAGGAGAAGGGCAGACGUAGCGCGGUGGCCAACCGCCAUGCACGCCAGGCCGCCAAGGCUGGCGCAUUCCUCGUCAAGACCAUCGACGAUCCGAACCACGUGCUCGGAAAGAAGCGCAAGGAGCGCGUCGCUUCGGAAAGCCACGAUGGCAUCGCCUCGAACGUCCUGUACUCAAUGAAUAAGAACAAACGUUGGGAGGCGUUGGAGGCUGAGACAACGUGGGAGACGACGGGCGUUGAUGGAAGAUCGUCAAUGCCUGUGCAGAUUGUCGAACGUGUCUUAACUGCUAAAGUGUGUAUGUGUGUGCUGGCUCGUUCUUUUGGGAAACGGAGGGGGUGACUGGUGGUGUCAGGAGUUGUCGAUCAAAUGAUCUGGUAGAGACAAUUGGAAUCACAAGACUUUUCCGUUGGUGGAAUUAUUUAUUAGGACAAGAUGUACUUGAUUAUAUUGAGACAUUUUGAAUCCAAAACACUACACGUGCAUUGAAAAUUUGUUCCUGAUUGGUUUGAAAUUUUUGAGAUUAAAAAAAAUCAGCUUUUACAAAUAAUUAAAUUAAGUAAUUCUAACUGUUAGGAUACCACAAAAAACACAUUUUUUAAAUGUUUAAGGUAAACGAAUAUCAACUUUUGUUCUUAUCAUUUUUGAGAUACAAACUCAAAGUAUUGCAGAAAUGAUAUACCCUUUUUUUGUUUUAAAGGAGUAUGGUCAGUUUGAAUUUUGUCAAAACAAACUUACAAUAAUCUAACACUUGACUAAAACACUGUCCAAUUAUUUAAAAAUAUUUUUCAAAAUUUUCAGGCAAAGUUUUGGUAAAUUGCCAAAUUUUUCAAAAGCUUUUUGAGUAAUUUUGAGGAUUUGUUUUUUAUUUUCAUGUGAAAUUUGGUCAUUUUAGCAAAAUAGGAACUCUUCCAAACCAUUCUCCCUUGAGUGUACUCUACUUUUAAAAAGUUGCAACGAUCUAGAUUUUUCGGAAUGAGAUUUCAAAACAUGAUUUUUUUGUUUAAUUUGGACUUGAUCUAUCCAGAAAACUUGGAAACAAACUACAAUCAUUCAUCUUCUUUUGAUUCUCUCCCGUAUAAAUAAAUAUUCGUAAGAGCGCGUACAAUGUCCCCUACAACAAGUGCAUGUUCUUUACUGCCUUCUCCCAAUACAAAAGAGUCACAUGAGUGGCUCGUGCAAUUUCACAAUUCCCAUUCAAAUUGUUCAAUAUUUUCAGACACGAUCGACAAUGUGGUGUCAUUGACGGAAAUUGACAAAAAUGGAGAAAUUGUGCGACACGAGACCGCUGGCGGUAAAGGAGCCAAUCUUCAAACACUUCUUGUCACAGGCACCACAAAUACUAAGAAAACACGCAAAGCACGGAAAGAAUCAGAAGCUUCGACGACUUCCGAAUGCUCCCAAACAUCAGAAGUUUCUUUGGAUGAAAACGGAGAGCCGAAGGUUCAAUACACAAUCUAUAAACCUCAUAAGAAUCACAAAGUGCUUGCUGGCAAGCUUUUCAAUAGAAAUUACAACACACGGAAGGCAGGAAAGACUCGUCAAAAUCUGAAGCGAGUGGAUCGUGAUGAUAUGUCAACAUCCAUUGAUGAUAUGCAUCAGAGUGUUCACAUUGACGACGCAUACAUCUACAAACCGAGUCGGGAUUUCAGAUUCUGCCUUGGCGACUACAUUACCCCUGAAUCUUGCACCAUAAAACCAGUUUUCGUUCGACGCUCGAGCAUUGAGAGUGUUCAGCCAUCAGAAGCCGGAGUCAUCACUUCUGAUGAAACCGAAGACGAGUCAAGUGGACCUUUGAACGUUGUGGACAUUUCCCAAGUGCUCCGUGCUCCACAUACUUUCGAAUGGACUCUUUUGGAUAUUUCCACGUGGGAUACUUUGGAGGAUGAAGUGGACGAGUUGAAAGCUGACAAUAAAGUAUACGUUCAGUGGCUUGAUGCAGAACGUACACGUCUUUCCAUUGAUGCUUCUCGUCUUGUCCUCGGAGAAAAACAACCACAUGGAGCUUCGAUUCUGAUGAUUGUUGUCGAACGAGCGAUCCUUUCAAAGAAAGAACAUCUAAAAGUACUUCUCAACUCUGAUAUUGCUCCAUCCGGACCAUUCUCUUAUCAGAUUCUUAGAGGUCUUUUGAAGCAUGCAGCCAAUCUUCAAGAAGUUGUUGCAAUUCUCUCAAAGCUGGUUGCUGAAUGGAAAGAAGGAGGUGUCGCUGCCCCAGAAUGCAUCGAUGUUCAUCGUUCCCAAAAGAGUCGAUUCGAAUUGAAACGCGAUUUCUUCCAACCAGCCUUCAAUAGUUCAAUGUUGGCAACUUCUGCGCCUGUAAUGAGUGCUGAGAAAAUGGCUUCCAUUCUUCGUGACGAAGCAAUGAGCAACGAAGAGCCAGAAGAACGAUUUGAACGAAUCGACUUUGAAACUGAUGAUUUCGACUUUGAAGAUGCCGAUGAUGAGAAAGAUCCAGUCAUUGAGAAGCUGAAGUGUGCAACUUGCGAUUGCACCAAGAAUUCAGAACUCUUCGAAUUGGAUGACAGCUGGCAAUGCCGUGAUUGUCUCUGCAAGCACAUCGUUGAUCAAAUCCGCGCCAAAUGUAUCCCAUUGGAGAUUCCAUUUGUUCUUGGAGAUGGACAAUCGGCAUAUGAUAUCCUUCCAGCUAUCAUUCCACUUCCACUUUUGAACUUUUACACCAAGAUCGCUGCUACUGAAUCAUUGGCCAACGUCGAUGGUGGUGAUAUAGGAGAAUGUCCAUCAUGUAAACAACUCGUCCAUAUCGACCACAACACCAAUGAAUUCAACACUUCUUCAUGUUACUCAUGUGGAAUCCACUGGUGUCCAAAGUGUGAACGUGAACCUCACUUCCCUAUGACUUGCUCCGCAUUCGCGACAUGGAUCGGAAAAUGGGAGAAAGAAUAUGAGCUUCAUGUUCUCGAAAAGACUGAAUAUCUGAAACGCAUCCAAUGCGCGUGCGGAUACACGAUGGAGGUUCGAGAUCAGGCAUCUCGUGCCGAGUGUGGAGGAUGUGGACGUGUCUUCUGUCCACAAAAUCUUGCUAUGCUCGAAGUUGCGUACUGGUCUCGUGAUGAAAUGACUGGAGCAGCAGUCAGAAAAUUGGAGACAUCGGCUGUCUUGCCGGCUCGUUGCGUCGAGUCAAUUGUUGCCUCCAAGCAAAUCAAGAAAGAAUUCUCGGAUGUAUGUGGUGAAGCCCGUCAACUUCGUUUCUCUACAUCCAAGAAAACCGAGUUUGAGAAAGCAGUUCGCAAACUCAAAAGUACCUACGCUGGCGUAGAAAAACUUCGCGAUAUCCGUAAGACGGUAUUGACCAUCGUCGAAAACGGACUCGCCUAUGUAUAUAUCGAGAAGAAACAAGAGGCAUUGGCUUUGAAGCCACAACUCAGUAAGCUCAUGAAACAGUGGCUUGCUAUCGAAGCGGAAAUUCAGCAUCCAAGAUGCGAUUUCCCAACAAGAUAUGAAGCAAUUGAGAAGAACCUCUCAAAAGUUCUGGAGCAACUCAAACAAAUCAAUGCCUAAUUGUAGACUUCAGUGUAAAUAAGAUCAAGAUGUACACUUUUUCAUCUCUAUCUGACUCCCCUAAUCAUACAACAUUUAUCAUAUUUCAUACUGCAUUUUCCCCCUCAAAAUCUGAAACUAAUCUUCAUUUUUCUCAACUACCCAUAUUUCAAUUGUAAGUCUGUGUCUAGCGUUUGUAUGUCUUUUGCAGCUGAGCUUUUUUUGUAAAUAGUGUACACAAAACAUCUGAAAAAGAAAAACUCAAACCCCCCAAAAACACUUGUAAAAUUGUCCAAUUCACAAAAACAAUAUGUCGAAAUUUAUGAUUUCGAACUAAAAAAAAUUGUGUAUAUCUAUUCCAUUUGUAUCUAUUCACUUUUCAUGUUCAUAUAUUUUCUUUUUCAUCUUCCUUUUUUCGCCUUCUGAAUUUCUGCUGAAAAUUCAAAAACCAAUCUUCCAUAUGUGCUGGAUCACGUAUUUCCUUUCUCCUAUAGGAAUUGGCCAAUUUUCAUUUAAUUCUAGGUUUUCCCUUUUUAGGCCCCUAAUUUCUAAUUUCCAUCACCUCCUCCAUCAAGAACGCAGGCGUUCAAUUCGUUCAAUCCCGAAAAAUUUGCUUGCGAAGCUGCAAAAAUUUGUGAAAAUUGCAACAAAAAAAUCCACAAAACCCAACUAAUCGUUUGUCUCAAAAGUGUCACAUUAAUGUGAAGUGAAGACAAUCAAAAAAAAAUUGAAAAUACCUCGUUUUCUAUGUACUCAACUUGCCCUUAUCCUAUCUAAUAUGCCUAGAUCGUGUUUUUUUUGUAUUCAAUUUUGCUUUAGUGUAUAUGUUUUCUGCCAGAUCAAUAUGUAUUUUCUCUGAACAAGUAACUAGCAAUAAAAAAUUUUGAAAGGGCAAA